AUGGUUACCCUCACUCGCCUGGCGGUCGCCGCGGCGGCCAUGAUCUCCAGCACUGGCCUGGCUGCCCCGACGCCCGAAGCUGGCCCCGACCUUCCCGACUUUGAGCUCGGGGUCAACAACCUCGCCCGCCGCGCGCUGGACUACAACCAGAACUACAGGACCAGCGGCAACGUCAACUACUCGCCCACCGACAACGGCUACUCGGUCAGCUUCUCCAACGCGGGAGAUUUUGUCGUCGGGAAGGGCUGGAGGACGGGAGCCACCAGAAACAUCACCUUCUCGGGAUCGACACAGCAUACCUCGGGCACCGUGCUCGUCUCCGUCUACGGCUGGACCCGGAACCCGCUGAUCGAGUACUACGUGCAGGAGUACACGUCCAACGGGGCCGGCUCCGCUCAGGGCGAGAAGCUGGGCACGGUCGAGAGCGACGGGGGCACGUACGAGAUCUGGCGGCACCAGCAGGUCAACCAGCCGUCGAUCGAGGGCACCUCGACCUUCUGGCAGUACAUCUCGAACCGCGUGUCCGGCCAGCGGCCCAACGGCGGCACCGUCACCCUCGCCAACCACUUCGCCGCCUGGCAGAAGCUCGGCCUGAACCUGGGCCAGCACGACUACCAGGUCCUGGCCACCGAGGGCUGGGGCAACGCCGGCGGCAGCUCCCAGUACACCGUCAGCGGCUGA